AAGGAAAAAAAAAACAAGUUCAGCUUUGUCCCCGCAAGAUCCCAAACUAAGAAAUAAAAUAAAAUAGAAAUAGAAUAUAUAGAUAGAUAGAUAUAUAGAUAGAUAUAUAUUUUAUAUUUUAUAUUUGUAUUAUUUCAUUUUAUUUCAUUUUAUUUUAUUUUAUUUUAUUUAUUUUUCUCUUUCACAACUACAACACUAAAUAACCAAACCAAAGAUAUAAAUAUAUUAUAUAUAAAUAAAUAAAUAAAUAUAUAUAUAUAUAUAUAUAUUUUUAUUUGAUAAUGGUAGUGGUGUACAUCCUGUACUUGGUGUACUUUGCAAUCGCAAUCACUCUAGCACUCUCCAUCCUACUAUACGUCUACCAAUGCGACCUCUUAUAUGCUGCAGGAUUCCCGACAGGUUCGCGAUCAGUUGUAGCUAAACCCUCUCAAUAUGGAUUACCAGAUAAAGAAGAAAUCCUGGUGACUAAAGACGGCGUCAAGCUCAGGAGUUAUGUGCUGAUCCAAAGAGGAGACGAUGUGGCUAUACAGUCACCAACACUUCUUUGUUUUCAUGCACACACUGGUAAUAUGGGCCAUAGACUCCCUAUUGCUCAAGUAUUUUUCAAGAAACUUGGUUACAAUGUCGUUAUGCUGUCUUACAGAGGAUAUGGAUUAAGUGAAGGAAACCCCAAUGAGAAAGGAUUACAAAUCGAUGCACAAACUGUUCUUGACUAUGUUCUCCGUCAUCCUAUCCUCCGACACACAAAACUGGUAGCUUAUGGACAAUCGCUGGGCGGUGCUGUUGCUAUUAAUCUAGUAUCAAAGAAUGAAGAAAAGUUCCAGGCAUUGAUGAUUGAAAAUACCUUUUUAAGUGUCCCUCUCUUGAUCCCUCACAUAUUCCCUGCAUUGAGACAUCUCGUUUAUCUGUGCCAUCAAACAUGGAGAUCAUAUAAAUCAAUUCGCUACAUUCGACACAUUCCAAUCCUAUUCUUAUCCAGCCUCAAAGACGAAAUAGUUCCUCCCCAACAUAUGGCUAAACUGUACAAAAUAUCCCAGACAGGUGGAAUCAAGGUCUGGCGUGAUUUUGAAAACGGAACUCACAACGAUACAUGCAUGCAGACUGGCUACUUUGAAUCAAUUGCAGAAUUCAUUCGUGACAAUGUGUGGGAUUACAGCGAUUAA